AUGGCCUCUCGCGUUCUCAGAAUCGGCCUCAUCCCCGGCGACGGCAUCGGCCGGGAGGUCAUCCCCGCCGGCCGCCGCGUCCUCGAGGCCCUCCCCGCCUCGCUCGGCCUCAAGUUCGACUUUGUCGACCUCCAUGCCGGCUUCGAGACCUUUGAGAAGACGGGCGCCGCCCUGCCCGACAAGACGGUCGAGGUCCUGAAGAACGAGUGCGACGGCGCCCUCUUCGGCGCCGUCUCCUCGCCCUCGACCGCCGUCAAGGGCUAUAGCUCCCCCAUCGUCGCCCUGCGCAAGCGCCUCGACCUGUACGCCAACGUGCGCCCCGUCAAGACCGUCCUCUCCGCCCAGAACCCCAUCGACAUGGUCAUCGUCCGCGAGAACACCGAGGACCUCUACGUCAAGGAGGAGAAGACCUACGACGGCCCCGACGGCAAGGUUGCCGAGGCCAUCAAGCGCAUCUCCUACAGGGCCAGCUCCCGCAUCGCCACCAUGGCUGGCGAGAUCGCCCUGAGGCGCGAGAAGAUCCGCAAGGCCGGCGUCCCCAGCAUCCACAAGGGCCCCCUCGUCACCAUCACCCACAAGAGCAACGUCCUCUCCCAGACCGACGGCCUCUUCCGUGCCACCUGCCGCGAGGCCCUGGCCGCCGACCAGUUUGCUGGCAGGGUCGAGGUCGAGGAGCAGAUUGUCGACAGCAUGGUCUACAAGCUGUUCCGCCAGCCCGAGGCUUACGAUGUCAUCGUCGCCCCCAACCUGUACGGCGACAUCUUGUCCGACGGUGCUGCCGCCCUCGUCGGCUCCCUGGGUCUGGUGCCCAGCGCCAACGUCGGCGAGGGUUUCGCCAUCGGCGAGCCGUGCCACGGCAGUGCCCCCGACAUCAUGGGCCAGGGCAUCGCCAACCCCAUCGCCACUCUCCGCUCCACCGCCCUGAUGCUGGAGUUCCUCAACGAGGAGGACGCUGCCGCCAAGAUCUACGCUGCCGUCGAUGCCAACCUCGAGGAGGGCAAGCUGCUGAGCCCUGACCUGGGCGGCAAGGCCAAGACCGACCAGGUCGUCGAGGACAUCCUCCGAAGACUGUAA